UUGGUUGCUAUAGCAACAGACUGUUGGCGCUGCUGUGUACGCUGCAGUUUGACAAAUUAGCUAACGUUAGCUAACUAAUGCUAAAGUGUUCACGAAGGACUUGUGGUAAGAAAAGCGGCACAGUUUGAAUGGAGACCUCCUCACAGAGCUCAGCUGGUGGGGGGCUGUGGAACAACCCCAGAGCCGCCCAGUACAGCAAGGAGACCCAGGACAUGAUGAGAUUGAUGAUGCAGGAAUCAAGGCUCACCAACCUCCAGAGAAAACAGAUCAACGAAUGCCUCAAGAACGGAGCAGCUUUACCACUGACCUCUGACCCCACAGCAUCAGGUUCCCACCCUCAGCCUAAAAGCAGUAAAUCCAUCCAGAAACGCCUGCCAGGCAAGCCUCUGAGACGCAGCGCUGAAUCUUGUCGUUCUGGGAACAGCUACGUCAGAGAAAGAUUCUGUCCUGGUCCUACAAAAGACUUAGAGAAAGAGAAGAGGAGGCUUCAGAAUAUUUUAGCAACGGGACAAGAAGAGCCCACAGUUGGAUCUUUGCAAUAUGUUGCAUGUCAGAACCCAGGGAUGGCAGAGGAGAGAGACCGGUAUCAGGAAGUUCUGGAUGAGAUAGAAGAGAGAAGACAAUUUCUGGAAGAUAUGGCCUCUCUGGGCCAGGAGAAGCAGUAUAUCCACAUCAUCAACACAGAGAUAUCCCAGAAAUUUCGAGAGCUGGAGAUGUUGAACAAGACCCGCAGUCCCAAAAAGGACCCAAUGGCAUCUGAGAGAAAAGGGCAGACUGCAGAGCAGAUAACAGAAGACAUGAACUGUAAAGAGACAGGAGGAGAUAAGACUCACAGCCACUGACUGAACUCUUGGAAAUGAGGUGCAAGCAAUAUAAGCUUAAAUUCAGAGUAUGAAUGGGUCCAGUGAUAUGAGUGUGUAGUGAUGUCUGCAAGGAGACAAAACUGUGGAAGCAUUAAAUUUACAAAAAAACAUUA